CAAUUUCUUUUCAUGUUUCUUGCACAUUUCGUUAUUGUGGUUUCCGCCCCCGACUCCUGCCGCCGCCUGCCCCCCCGCCUGGUUUUAUUUAUUGCCGGUGACUAUUCAUCCCCAACAGAAUUCAACCUUCGAUAAGGUUAAAAAUUCCAAACAGCCCACAGCUAACACAGUAUCUCGGUUUUCCUCUGGCUGCUGUAAUUCAACGGCACAAGCGCCACACAAUAAGCCCCAACGUCGACAACAACAAUAGAAAAGCGUCUGCAGACGCAGACAUUUGACCUUGUUGGGAAACGGACAACAAUGAGAACAAUAACAACAACGCAGACGACACUCGCCCACGCAGACGAUUACAUUGCAAGAUUCGGAAUCGGAAUCGGAAUCGGAAUCUUGAGCAGAACUGUUAGAUUACCAACCUAUUCCGAUUCCCAAUCUCACUGUAUGUGUUCUAUAGCGACUGUGGACUUCAUCCACCAACACGCCUGAAAGACACGCGUCUGGAAGUCUAGUUUCAUAAUAUCCAUCUGUGAAGUUAGCUAAAAACCAUGUUAAUCUAAAAAAUGGGCUUCGUAAAUCAAGUUAUUGAUUCUAAUAAGAACGGCUAGAGAUUUCCACAAACUGAUUUCGAUUCCGGACGCGACAGAAACCCAAACACAAACAAAAACACAAACACACACGCGCUCGCAAUUAUCACAAACAUCGCCGUCACCAGGGUCGGGCUUUUAUCAGAUCCAGCCGGCUGAAGCAGCAGUGGCAGAAGUAGAAGCACCAGGCCAGGGGAAGUGGGAAAGGGGAAAGGGGUGGGCCAGUGAGGGCCAGUCAGACAUCAUCACACACAUGCAUGCCAAUUAUCAGAGACGCUGACUUCAAAACUCCAGAAGACGCAGAGAGACAGCGACACAACGAAGCCUGGGAGGAGAGCACAGGAGCAGGAUUCCAACGAGGAACACGAGGAGCAGCUGGUGCGGCGGAGCUGAGCCCGGAGAGAUCCUGAAAUGUUGCCAUUCACACCGCAGGUGGUCAAGCGAUUAUUAGCACUCAAAAAAGGCAGCGAGGACAACAGCGUCGAAGGCAAGUGGUCGGAGAAGGCCGUCAAGAACCUGGUGAAGAAGAUAAAGAAGAACUCGCAGUUGGAGGAGCUAGAGCGGGCAAUCUCCACGCAGAACUGCCAGACGCGGUGCGUGACGGUGCCGCGCAGUAAGCCCGCACCCGCCGGUGAGCAUCUGCGGAAGGGUUUGCCGCACGUCAUCUAUUGCCGUCUGUGGCGCUGGCCGGAUCUCCAGUCUCAGAAUGAACUGAAGCCCCUGGACCACUGCGAAUACGCCUUCCAUCUGCGCAAGGACGAGAUCUGCAUUAAUCCGUAUCACUACAAGAAGAUUGAGUUGUCGAUUCUGGUGCCAAAGUCGUUGCCCACGCCGCCCGACUCCAUUGUGGACUAUCCGCUGGAUAACCAUACUCACCAGAUACCCAACAACACCGACUACAAUGCUGCGAUAAUCCGCAGCGCCUCACUGAGUCCGCCGCAGUACAUGGAAUUGGGUGGCUCCGGCUCCGGAACCGGUGCGGCCACAUCCAGCUCAACUUCUGGGGCACCAUCUUCCUCCCCCUCGUCCUACCAACAGCAGCAGCAGCUGUCCUUCGGCCAGAAUAUGGACUCGCAAUCGAGUGUGCUGAGCGUGGGAAGUAGCAUUCCCAACACGGGCACCCCGCCGCCCGGCUACAUGAGCGAGGAUGGCGAUCCGAUCGAUCCCAAUGACAACAUGAACAUGUCCCGGCUGACGCCGCCCGCCGAUGCCGCACCAGUGAUGUACCAUGAGCCGGCCUUCUGGUGCUCCAUCAGCUACUACGAGCUAAAUACGCGCGUCGGCGAGACCUUCCACGCCUCGCAGCCCUCAAUCACCGUCGACGGCUUCACCGAUCCCUCUAACUCGGAGCGCUUCUGUCUCGGCCUACUCUCCAAUGUCAACCGCAACGAGGUGGUGGAGCAGACCCGCCGCCACAUUGGCAAGGGUGUGCGGCUCUACUAUAUCGGCGGCGAGGUGUUCGCCGAGUGCCUGAGCGAUUCGUCCAUCUUCGUGCAGAGCCCCAAUUGCAACCAGCGCUACGGCUGGCAUCCGGCCACCGUCUGCAAAAUCCCGCCCGGUUGCAACCUGAAGAUCUUCAACAACCAGGAGUUCGCCGCCCUGCUGUCCCAGUCCGUUUCGCAGGGAUUCGAGGCGGUCUAUCAGCUCACGCGCAUGUGCACCAUCCGGAUGUCGUUCGUAAAGGGCUGGGGAGCCGAGUAUCGCCGCCAGACGGUCACCUCGACGCCCUGCUGGAUCGAGCUGCACCUGAACGGGCCGCUCCAGUGGCUGGAUCGCGUCCUCACCCAGAUGGGAUCGCCGCGGCUGCCGUGCAGCUCCAUGUCCUAAAGGGGUGGCCGGUUCCGGUUUUUAAAUUGCGACUACAAAGAGCGGAGAACGCUGUAGGAAUAUGAGUGCUCCCACUUCGGAGCUGAUCGGAGAGCACAGCCCUCUGGGUAUCUGAAAAUUAGCACUUAAGUCUUCAAGUUUUUAAUUCGAUUUUAAAUGUACAACAUUAUAAAUGUACAAAACCUCUGCUUUUAUUUUGAAUUAGUGAUUCUAGUGAAGCUACUGUUCAGAUCCCCGUGAAGGCUGGAAGGCUGGAAGGCAGGGGGAAGCGCAAACAACGCCACUUGUCUGCGAUUUCUCGCGUCCUCUUCUCCGAAUCAGACCCGAUAUCGGGGCACUGUGGGUGUCGAAACAAAUAUAAGAAACAAGAUGAAGGUGGAAGAUGGAAGGUGGUCACAACUGGCCACAAACAAAAACCAAGAAAAACUCAAACUGAGAGAGCACAUAUGAAAUAAGUUCAGCAAACGAUAUAAACGAGUGGUAUAAAUGGAAAACCGAUACAAGAAACAGAUGCAACAGAUAUAUAUAUCUAUAUACAAAGAGCACACGUAUAUCUUUACAAGCGUUUAUGGGCGUUACAGUUUAGGAUUAUAUACAUAUAUUGUGGAACGUACGCGGAAAGUUACAUUUUUCGAUAAGCUAUAAGAUGGAGCAGCUCCGGAACAAUUUUUUUGAAACAUUUUACAGACAAAGUGACAAAAGGAUGAGGAAAUAAACCAUAGAAAUAGAAUAACACUGAGCCCCCUGAUCUGUGUGAGUCGAUAACGAGAGAGAUUCAAAAUUCUUUGUGAAAGAAGCAAAACAUACAACGGUGAUUUGGAACUAAACAAACGUAGGAAGGAUAACAGCUAAGGGAUAAGCUGGACAGGAACUGGGAUUUAUCAAGCUAGAAGCUUACACACCACACUCGGAUACCAUACAUUGCAAAUGUACAUAAGACCAAAAACAAGCAGGAACAGGAACAGGAACAGGAAGGAAGGCUGGCUUCGGGCGGAGCCGAAGAUGAUAUAUCCUUGCCAGCUCAUCGGCAUCGGAUGUGGGCAGAGCUUGCCAGGGUAUAUCAGCACGAUGACAUAUUCACGCAGGACCUCCACUUGAUCGAGCACGGGAUAUAUAUAGCUAUAUAUGUAUGAUGAUGGUUGUUAAACGUUUCGAUUUUCGCUUAGUAUGUGUGUGUUAAAAUUUGUCAGCUCGCAAAACAGAAUCGGCCGAUUGAGCAGCUCUUGUUAGUCGUAGUAUCCGAUCGUAAAUAUAUAUAUGUAAAGCACUUGCCCAACAAAAUCACAACUCAGGCCACGUCGUCGGACCUCCCAGGCCCCGCCAGGGCCCAGCUUCAGGAACUGCAUUUAAAUCUUAACGAAAGGAAACUGAUAUCUACCGAUUAGACUCGUUUUUUUUCGAAACAAUAGCUCAAGUGUCAAUUACAGUAGAGUACAGUACAAUACAGUACAGUGUGUAUUAGAACCAAUUGCAAUAUGAUGUGGGCCGGAUUUUGAUCGGCAAGUGCGCGUUCUUCUUGGGUCUAGAUCUUAAGUCUAUAUAUGUAACUAAAUUCGCUAGCUUAUCUUGACACUUAGCACUUUAGGCCAGCCCAGCGAGAGCCCAGAGCAGUUUGUGUUUUUGGUCUUCGUUUCAGCCUCCGCUGAUUAGGGCUAUGAUGAUUAUUAUACUUUUUUGUCAUUCGCUGUUACAACCAAAAAUAACUAUAGUUUAAGUUUUGUCUUUAUUGAUUCUAUUAUAAUAUACCAUUGUAGUGUAUCAUUUUUUUCCGAGUUGCUUCGAAGUUGCACCAGCCCGAGUGGGUGUGGGUCUAGCCUCUAGCAUCUAGCAUACCGAUUCGGUCUCUAGUAGUAGAGCUAAAUUUUUUUUAUUAUCGCUAAUCAUGUAAUGUAAUCCUUAAGUUACGCCUAAACGAAACAGAACAAGCAAACGAACAGCAACAGUCAGCGUCAACAGUCCUCGGAUCUGAGCCAGAGAACCCAGCAACCCAGCAGCCUAGCAGCCUAGCAACCUAGCAACCUAGCAACCUAGCAACCCGUACCCGAACCGUACAUCUAUGAAGUAUAAAUACAAAUAUAUACAUAUAUCUAAUAUGCAAGCAUGCAGAUAAAGACAAACACAAAUCGUAUAUUUAAAUAAACACUUAUAUUAUUAAA